CAUGGAAAAGAGAACUCCCAAAUUAAAUUUGCGGCCAAAGAAACGCCUAGAACACUUUGUUCAAUCAUACGGCCUUCGCCGUCCCAUUAGGAAGUUGAAAGUUUCCGUGGCUUGCAAACGGCCCUUAACAUCCUAAGGUUCUUGCACCCAAAUCUUUGCAAAUAUUCAACAAGAAUUUUUGACUUCGAGCUACCUAAUGGUCGGUAAGGCAUUUCCAGAUCCUGAGCUGGUUUUAAAGGCUUUUGGAAAAACUGUCGAAGCUCGCCCUUAUGAAGUAAUUGUAGCAAAGAGACCUGCGAGUGUACUGCCUCUCUGUGUCGUCUACGAAGGCCUUCAAGAUCACGGCUUUCACCUCUUUUUUAUCGACGCAGAGGAGUACAACAGGGCAGUACAGUUCUCAGUCUCGACCUCCAUUGUGGACGGCAUUUGCGCUGUAACGGGAGACGGAGAGUGUGUUAUUGUAUGCCUUCAAGAUCACGGCUUUCAUCUCUUUUUUAUCGACGCAGAGGAGUACAACAGGGCAGUACAAUUCUCAGUAUCGACCUCCAUUGUCGACGGCAUUUGCGCUGUAACAGGAGACGGAGAGUGUGUUAUUGUAUGUCAGCAGUAUGAUCUACAAGUGGCAUACCUCCCGAACCCAAAUGGCUACGCCUGUAAUCUCUUCAGUGAUCUGUGUACUCGGUAA